AUGAUUAAGGUUAUCACCGACGCUCCAUUGGAGUUCCGAGAAAAGGUCUGCAAUAUCUAUUGCGGCGAUCCAUCGCGCAACAAGGCGCUAGAAAUCACAGACGAAACUGUUGUUGCCAUGAUCGAAGCGUUGCCGAACCUAGAACACGUGCGCAUAGAUGGUGCACCCAAACUUACCGACCGCACGCUUUCAGCAUUGCUGCGUUGCGAUAAAAUACGGGCGAUAACUCUAACCACAACCCGCGAUCAGCCAAACACGUUGAAGAAAGAGACGCUGGAGGAUAGUCCAUGGCCACCAGAGCUGUUGUUUUUCGAGCUUAGCGGCCAGCAGCUGCCCGGGGAUAUUAUCGACUACUUCGAGUAUUGGAGUAGCGAGAAGAGAAGUGCAAUGCUUGGAGCGAGCCUAGAGAUUGUCUACAACUUCGGACCAUACUACAUUUUCUGGCGUGACGGGUUCCCACGGUGGAUUCAGGACUACGAUUUCCAAGAAUGGGGGGCAUGGGAUCCUGAUUUCGACUAG